GUAGUUCAAAUGGACGACAUUUCAAAAUGUUGAUUUAAAAUUCACAAAACUUUGUAUUAAUCAUAAAUAAUAUACAAAAUGCGUAAAUUCAAUAAACUACAUUAACAGAAUGCGAUACAAACUCUGGAGGGUUAUGUUAUUUGUUAUUGUUUUGUGUUUUAUCUGGUACAAGUAUUAUUUAAACAUAAAAAUAGCUGACUAUGACUUAAACAAGAAGCUACUCUCCGCCAAGACGUCUACCAAACCCGUUAAACUUAAAAUAAGCCAGCUUGUAACGAUAAUUCUGAGGGAAUUUGAACUGUAUGAGAACGAUGUGACUUUAACAGCUCAGAGCUUCAUUAAUAUGUUUCCUAACAUAAUGUUAUGGAUUGUUUACAACGAGGUUCCGUAUCCUCCUCUGGACUUGGCUAUAACAAACAAUUCCUUGACUAACAUCCAGCUAUAUAACUUAAGUCCUGGCCUAAAACAUCAGGAUGAUAUUUUGUCACAGAUUACAACAAAAUAUGUGUUAUUUGUGCCAGACUCUAGUAGAAUAACUUCACAGCAUCCUUUACAAGUAAUGCUCAGUGAGAUUGAUAAAAAUCCAGGUAGUAUUGCUGUUCUUCCAGUCAGUGCUCAUUCAAAAGGCCUGAAAUGCUUGAAAUUGAACAUAAACCAAAGAGAAUGGACAGUAAGAUACAAUUUGGCCAAAGAAAAUAACUGUGAUGAGGUUGUAGGCAAGCAUUUGAUUAUGCUCGAGAAAAAUUUACUUAAAAAUAUGUAUAAUCCAUUACUUUUACCAUUUCCACAUGCUUUAUAUCUUCAAUCUUCAUUCCAAAACAUUCAGGUUAAAAUAUUAAAAGCAAAUUCUCUGCACGAAGGAAAGCCAGUACUAAGAACCCACCACAGCCAGUUCAAGAAAAAACAAUCCGACCAAGAACUAUUGAAAUCCCUGUACAAAACCUUCAAAAUAAAGCAAAUUAUUCGUGAAACAGGAGUCACGGAGUGGUUUGGAUGUUCCAAAGAAACUCCCAGGUGUUUUGGUAUAGUCCUGGACUCUAUGCCGUCGUAUUUGUUUGAAAAAAAAUGGACUCCGCCUUGCUGUAUGUCAAAUUUGAGGAAAACUGCCCGGCAUGUGUUUUCUGCAUUGGAUGAGGCUGGUGUAAGGUAUUGGUUGGAAGCUGGGAGUCUUCUUGGAGCUAUGAGGAGUGGGGAUGUGCUCCCAUGGGAUCAUAACGUUGAUAUAGGGUUUGUUAGGGAUGAUUUGAAUAGGUGUAAGUGGCUGAAAAAGGCCCAAAGUAAGCCUGUUGUGGAUAAGAAAGGUUUCCUGUGGGAAAAAGGUACGGAAGGGAAUAUUUUUAAGGUUUUUUACAGUAAAACAAACAGGAUAAAUGUGAAUUUAUUUCCGUUCUACUCAAAAAACGGUACCAUGACCAAAGAUUCCUGGUUUACCAGUCAUAAAAACAUGGAAUUCACUGACAGUUUUCUCCAUCCGAUGUCCAGUAUAGAUUUUGUAGGCCGUAGUGUCCCUAGUCCUAAUAAUAUAAGGGAUUUUCUGGAGUUAAAAUAUGGCAAAGGAUGUAUAGAGAAUCCAGAGUAUCCGGAUCCAAAUAAGCUGAGAUUCCCUUAAGAAAAAAUGUUUUUUUUCAAUUUUAAAAAUAUUUUUAUUAAAAUGAAAUGAGUUUUUUAAGGGAUGUGAUAUAUAAUUGAGGGUUGGUGUUUUUUCUUCUCUAGUCAUGUAGUUUUAAAGAAUGGCCUGAAUUAAGUUAGAUUAAUCUUUUAGUUUGUACAAAAAAAAACGUAUUUAUAUAUUAUAGCUUUUUAGAAAAUUAAAUAACUCUAGUUAUACAUCAAACAGAGUCAUCAGUAUAGAGUAUAUUUCUAUUGUAUUAGUAAGUUAUUGUUAAGUACAUAUUCUCUUCUGUGAUCGCAUAGUGUUUUACCAAAAUCAGUAUUAUUAUUGUUAGAUAAAUUGAUAUUUUCAAAUACCUAUAUAUAGAAAAAAAUAUAUGUAGUUUUA